UCCAGCUGAAAAAGCCCAUCGCCAGACUCCGAAGACACCAGAAGAGUCUUCUCCUGCUUGUUUCGCGCUUUGCAAGAGAACUGGAACAGAAAGAGGUCCUCCACAGUUCCCACCACACACCAACUCUAUCCUGGAUCAAACCCAGCUUGUUUCAGCUAAUUUGCAACCUCCUCAGGUCUUUCACAACGAAGGUUUUCACCUGUGUCUGCUUUUCCUACACUUUGCAAGCUUCAACGUCGUUGCCAUCGUCAUCGUCUUUAUAAAUACUGCUUAUAGCAUACAUAUUCCUCUAUUAUAAUAUAACCUAUCUCUCUGCUGUUUCUACUGCCCAAAUAAUGAAUAAUCCUAAUUUCAACAUCGCCAACAUGAACAACCUCAACCAACAAAACAACAACAGGCGCUUCAAUCAUAACAGCCAUAACAACAACCACAAUAACUAUAAUCCUAACCCUAUUCCCUAUCCUAGCAUCAACCAGGUUCCUCAUGGCUAUCCUCCAGUCUAUGGAGCCUAUCCAAAUUCCUCUUUUUAUCCUUUACAAUACUCCCCUGCUGUCUUCAACCCCAAUCUAACCAAUAACAACAGUAACAACAACAGCAACAACAACAAUAGCAAUAAUAAUAACAACAGUCCUAAUAUCAAUAAUAACAAUCCCAAUAGCCCAAUUCCAGCCUCUGCUCUACCUUUACUGCCUCCCCAUCCUCAACAUCAGCAGCCCCACUUUACUCACAAGAAUAAACACUACAAUAAAAGAAACAACAAUAACAGUAACAGUAACAAUAACAACAAUAACAACAAUAACAACAAUAACAACAAUAACAACAAUAACAACAAUAACAACAAAAACAAAAACUACAAUGCUAUUCCCAACAAUAGCCAGAAUAUAAAUCAAAUCAAUCCUAAUCUCAACCCUACUCUUCCUAAUAUUCCAAACAUCCCAAAAAACUACAACAACUACAACAACAACUAUAACAAUCACUACAACAGCUACAACCAAAAUAGCAACGUAAAUAACAUAAAUAGUAACCCAAACAACUUUAACAAUUUGAACAGCAUAAAUAACUUGAAUAACAACCAAAAUAACAUAACCUACAACAACAACAAUAACAACAGCAACAACAACUAUUCAAAGAAUACUAAUAUUCCCUUUACAUCUCCUAAACCUCAAAAGAUCAUCAUCAGAACUCCUGAUGGCACCCCAGUCUCUCUAAAAAACCUCAAGUAUAAAAACUCCUCCUCAAAUCCUUCCUCUCAAAAUAACUCUCAAAACAACUCACAAAACAACUCCCGUAAUGCCUCUCAAAAUAAUUCUCGCAAUAACUCCCCCAUCGUCUCAAAUAAAAACUUGUUCAUCUCUUCCAACUCCAACUCAACAAAAUCCAUCCAAAAAUCUCCCUUGAAGAAAUCAAUCUCAAUCAAUCAACCCAACCCUGAUUCAAUUCAAACCCAACAAACUCUUCCCUCCAUUCCCAACACUACCAUUAAAAAAAACGAUGACGUUGUUCUGUUGUUUAAACAGCAAAUUAUCGAAAGAGCAAAAGCCGCCGAACUACAAAAAUCAAAGGCUCGCGAGACUUCAACUUCUCCAAAUGUCUCCACUAUGAUCAUCCCGAAAAUUCCCACAUCUUCAAAGAGUCCGAACCUUCCUACAGCUUCCAUUUCAUCUCCAACCCCAACCCCAACCCCAGCCCCAUCCUCAACUUCAACUCAAAAUCUAAAUUCAGAAUCAAUCAAAGAAAAGUUCAAAAAAGAAGUUCAAAAAAGAUCCCAUAGAGAUCAAAUUACUUCCACUUCCACCUCUCCUUUACCUGAUAAAAUUCAACCACAGUCUACUCAAAAAGUUAAAUCACUAGUUGAAAAGUUUGAAUCAAAAAAACCCACUUCAAUCCAAUUAGAUAAAGACCAAUCCGAAAAGUUUACUUCUCAAAAUAUCGUUCAAAGCUUAUCCGUCAAUGAACAAAUCAAAGAAAUCGCAAAGGAAAUCGCAAAAGAAUCUAAAGAAUCUAAAGUCUCCCAAAAAAUUGUCAGCGAUCAAUCUCAACUAGAUUCUCAAUUUACUUCAGAAAUUAAAAUUGAACCUGAAUUAAAACAAGUAUUUGACGCUGAAUCUAAUUCUCAAAGUACUUUAGAUAUCAAAAAAUCUGUAACUUCGCCCAAAAUCAAACACAAAACAGUCCAAGCUAAUCCUGUUAAACAAAAAGUGGACUCAAAGUUUAAACCCGAGAUUAAACCACUGAACAAAGAAGCUAAAUCAGAAGUUAAAUCAGAAGUUAAAAAAGAUGCUAAGUCAGAUGUUAAGUCAGAAAUUGUACCAGAGAUUAAAAAAGAUGUUAAAUCUCCAGCUAAACCUAUUGCUAAACCUGAAUUUACACCUAUUGCUCAACAAGAGAUCAAACUAGUAACCAAAUAUAUUGCCAAUUUAGAGACUGGACCAGAAGUUAAACCAAAAGCUAAGCCGGAAAUCAAAUCAGAAAUCAAGCCUGAAGUUAAGUUCGAAGCUAAGUCUGAAGUUAAGUCUGAGAUCAAACCAGAAAUCAAACUCACUUUUAAACCUGAAGUCAAACCUGAAGUCAAACCUGAAAUAAAAUCUGCAAUAAAACCUGAAGCUAAACCUGAAGCUAAACCUGAAGUCAAACCUGAAGUCAAACCCAAAGUCAAACCUGAAGUCAAACCUGAAGCUAAAUUAGAAAUCAAACUUAUCCCUAAACCAAAGAUUGAUCCUGAAGUCAAACCUAUUGCUAAAUCAGGGAUUAAACCUGAAGUCAAAUUUGAAGCUAAACCAGAUAUUAAUUUCCAAGUCAAACAUGAGGUUGAACCAUCUACUGAACUAGAAAUUAAGCCUGAAUUCAAACCAGAAGUUAAACCAGAAGUUAAACCAGAAGUUAAACCAGAAGUUAAACCAGAAGUUAAACCAGAAGUUAAACCAGAAACCAAAACAGAACUUAAAACAGAAGCUAAAUCAGAAAUUAAAUUACCUAUUAAACCAGAAAUCAAAAAAACUGAUACCACAACUCAAAAUCCAACCAUAUUCAAACCAGAAACUAAAUUACCUGAUUCCAGAGAUGUUGAAGUUAAAAAACCUGUAAUCGAAUCUAUAAUACCUCAGCUCAAACAAGAUGUGGUUGAUCAACCAACUAAAGUUGUCAACGAAUCUGAAAGAAAAAUUGAAUCUACUCAACAGGAUGUUUCUAAACCAACUGAGCAGUUUGCUCCUCAAAGGAAUAAUAAUGAGACUAACAUCAGUUUUGAUGUUGAAAAUCCUGAGGUUCAAAAACCACCUGAACAUCAAGAAAUUAUUAUUCAAAAAAGACAAAAUGUCUCUAAAUCUUCAAACUUUGGUUUGCCCUCGAAACCUGAAGUUCAAGCUGUCUCGACUGAUUUUUCGUUAUCAAAUCUAUUUGAUCAAAUUAAAAUUUCAAUUGCAAUUAAAAACCCUUUUGAAUUUAAUUAUCCUCCUGGUAUCAAUCCACCAAAAUCUGGAUUAUCAAAAGACAGAAAAAAGGUUUAUGAUCCUGGGUUUCUUUAUCAGUUCAAACCUUUAUUGAAACUAUAUGUUGAACCUGAUCUUAAAGAAAAAUAUUUCAGCAAAAUUGAUGUAAAUGUUAGAUCUAACUCUAGAAACUUCCAUCACAGUGGUGGUGGCGGAAAUAAUUAUGGGAAUAAUCGUUCUUUUGCAAGUAGAAAAGUUUCUUUUAAUAACUUUGGAACUGGCCAAUUCAAUCAAAGGAGCAAUAGUUUAAAGGUCAAUUUUGAUAUGCCCAAGCAAAAUCAAAAGUCUUCAAGAGUAAGCUCUAAAAGAAGAAACAAUAACAAAAGACCUAGUUAUUCCAACAUGAAUAUGAACCAAGGCUUCAACCAAAAUACAAAUCAAGGCUUUGAUCAAUCAUUCAACAACACCAAACCACCUAUGGAUUUGAAUCAAGGAGUUAAUAACUUUAACGAUAUCAAUCAAAGUAAUCUAAAAAUUAUUCAAGAGCAAAACAACCAGGUCCAAAAUGGUGCAAAGGCAACAGAAGUUAAAACUGAAACAGAAGUCAAACUUGUGGCACCAAAGGAAAAGAAAAAUGUAUGGGUUCCACGUUCUAGAAGAACAGUUGCACUCUCUCCAGAAGAAGAAAACAAAAUUCAAGUUAAAUCCUUAUUGAACAAGCUAACAUUAGAAAACUUCCAGAUCAUAACCGAUGAUUUAAUUGCAAUUGCCAACAAGUCGGUUGAUGAGGAAGACGCAAAAACUUUGAAAAACACCUUAGAAUUGACUUUUGCUAAAGCUACUGAUGAACCUCAUUGGUCUUCGAUGUACGCUCAAUUUUGUGCUAGAUUGUGCACAACAGUUAAUGAAGCUGUUUCUGACGCUGGACAGAUUGAUAAACACGGCAACGUAAUCUCUGGUGGUGCUUUAGUUAGAAGAUGUUUAUUGAAUAGGUGUCAAGUUGAGUAUGAGAAAGGUUGGGCAAAUAGCAUUCCAACCAAUUCAGAUGGAACUCCAAUGGAAAUUGAAAUGAUGUCUGAUGAGUACUACGUUGUUGCUGCUGCCAAAAGAAGAGGUUUAGGUUUAGUCAAAUUCAUUGGUGAAUUAUUUUGUUUGAAUCUUUUGUCUGAUAAAGUUAUAUUUACAAUCUUGCAAGACCAAUCGAAACCAGAAAACACUUCAGAAGAUGUUUUAGAAACUUUGGCGCAAUUAGUAAAGACAUCUGGACCCAUUUUAGAGGAGAGUAAAGGACGAGAGGUAUUGGAUUUGAUUUUCAAAAGGAUUGAGCUUAUUUCUCAAAACAGCUCGUUGCCUUCGAGAUCCAAGUUUAUGUUGUUGGAUUUGAUUGAUCUCAGAAAUAAUAAUUGGGUAUCGUUAGAAGGUAACAAGGGUCCAAAGACUAUUGCCGAAAUUCAUGCCGAUGAAGAAAGAAAGAGAAUGUUAGAAGAAAAUGAAAGACAAGAAAAAAGAAGGGGCAAUAGAAAUUUUACUGCUAAUGACAUGAAGCCUCCUUUUUCUGGUGGCCGUCAAAAUUCUGGAAGACAGAAUUCUGGUCGACAGAAUUCUAACAGACAAGGUGGUGGCAGACAAAAUUCAAAUCGUCAAACUUCUGGCUGGGGCACGAAUUUGGUUUCGAAAAACGAAAUCAAUAUUGUUGGUCGUUUUAGAAGUUUUGGAGCUAAUAGUGGAACUCUAGGUCCAAAGAACAAUUUCAGAGCCAAUAGACAGAAAUCCAAUAGUCCUGGCACUUUGUUACCAAAGGAAUCGUCUUCAGAAUCAUCUGAUACCAAAAAAGCUGAAGCCAAGGCCAAUGGAAAUAAUAUGUUCGAUAUACUAAAUUCCCAUGGUGAUGAAGACGAAGACGAUGAUGAUGAUGAAGAAGAAGAAGAAAAAGCUCAUCAUUGAUCUAGUUAAGAUGAAAUACAAACUCAAAUUCAAGUUCAAUGUGACACAUUGCAUUUAUUUUUACUAUUAUUUUUAUUGGUGAUACAAAAAGAUUCUCUAGCAUAUUUUUUUAUUGUUUCAUAUUUUAAAAAGCACUAUUAUUAAAAUCAAAGGAUACUUGUUUUCGUUUUGCGAUUUUAAAAUCUAAUUCUGCAUUCUAUUUUUUUAUGAAGAAAAUUCUAAUAUAAUUUGUUUCUCUUUGUUGUUUUAGUUGGAG